AUGGAGGUUGUUGAGGAGAAAGUGGCUGAGAAGGGCAAGCAGUUAGCUACGGGAAUCUCUUCUUCUCCACUCACUCCAAUGGCGCAGAAGGACGCUGCUAGUGAUGCGAAUAAUUACAAUCCCUACCCUCCACCAGUGGCGAAGUAUGAGGAAGUCAUUGCAGAUAGAGAGCUGUUCAUCAAGUCGCUUGAGAAGCUCCACGCCACACUGGGAACCAAAUUUAUGUAUGCUACAAAUUCUGUACACAACCAUCCAUCAUUUUUUAUUUUUUUUUCUUGCAGUAGUUUCUUCCCUCCCCCUCUUUUGGUGAUCUUUUGAGUCUCUUUGCCCCAGGAGCAGAAAAUAUUUUAUUUUCCGACUACUUUUAAUAAUUCUUUUCAACCAACUGCCCCAUAAAGAGAAUUUCCAUAAAAGAGAUGCUAAUGCAGUUUUGAUCACCAAGAGCAUGCCAUAAUGCUUCAAAUAAGUCGAAUUACCUGACGGCUCUUCAGAGUCUUUGCUCUCUUUCUUGUUGGAAAGUACAUCUUUAGCAGGUAGAAUUGAACGUAACAGGAAAAAUGCGGUGGGAGAGAAAAAAGUUAAUGUGAAAAUAAUUGAUUAAUCUCGAUAAGUUAGAUACUUUUUAUUUAACUAUCUAAUUCAAGCUAUUUUACUGGUAUUUUUUUCAUGCUUUUUUACACAUUCUGUGCAUAUAUGUGUAUGUAUCUGUCUAGGGUGCCGACGAUAGGUGGGAAAGAGCUAGAUCUCCAUCGACUAUUUGUGGAGGUUACUUCUCGAGGUGGUAUUGAGAAGGUGAAGGCAGAUCGAUCCAUUCUUUUUGCUCGUUCUUCCUUUUUUUAUUUUGCCUCCUUGGAUCCUGGCUUGUUGAGUUUUAAAUUUUGUUCAGUGGAGUCCAUGUAAUCCUCUGCGCAUGUUAAUGUUUGCCUGCUAUAAAUUCCUUUCCUCGUGAUCAAUAGUCUCUGCGAAGGUUAAUAAGCUGGUAUUUAAGCACGUUUAAAUAUAUAUAUGUACAUAAAUUUAGAAGCUUUUUGCUUAAAUGUUUGAUAGUUAUGACUCUAUGAUCAGAAGGUAAAUGCUGUCUACUGUCAAAAGAGGUUUAGCUUCUCAAUUUAUCUUUCCUUACAAAUGGUAAAGAGAAGUAGUGGAAGGACAUAUUGAUGUGCCAAGUUCGAAUCGCCAUCCUUGAAUAAGAUUUUGUGAAAUGGAAGAUAAAAUUGCCUUUUUAAGCUAAAACCAAAUCACAUCGUUGAAGUCACUUCCCUAGCUUAAUGGAUGACUACUACAGAUUAUAAAGCAUUAAGAUUUGGUUUCGUCUGUCAUACUGUUAGGUAGUGAUCACUGAUUAAUCUGCUUUGCAUCAGAUUAUUAUUUCAUGCCAAGUGAUGGAUGCUUGUAUUCUGUGAGGCGCUCUUUUCGGGUUUUGUGCUUGAUGAAGAAAUCUUUUGUCCUUUACGUUUCUGUGAUGUUUACAGCUCAGGAAGAACUUAAGUGGUAUCCCUGCUCUUCAGUGUAAUAAUAGAAGCACCCAAGCUUUUGUUUUGACAAUCUGUUUAGAGGACGUCCACUAUUGUAAUUACUUUUAUAUUUAUAUAUACAACCUUGGAUGGUAUAGUUUUUUAGGGUUUUUCUAGGACUAGGUGCUAUCAUGUGUUAAGUAGAUAGUUAGGAAUUUGGUAUGAAACUUUGUUGAAGAUGUGGAGCAGGGAGGUUAGGAAUUCAGUUUGCCUUUGGGGAUGUGACACCUUCCAGUGGUUAAUGAGUAGUGGACAUGUUGAGAACCUCAUUUUUUAUUCAACGAGCACUGCAACAUAUUGUGUGGUUCAUACUCCACGUGAGCCUUUAUUUUACUUGGAAUCAGCAAAACAAAUUGUUCAUUCAAGUGGCAGCUUUUCUUCUUGUGUUUCAAUCAGGGCAAGAGAACUGGGAAUAGAUUGAAGUAUUGAGAUGAAGUAGCCGUACCAUACUGAGAGCCUUAGAUUUCUCGAUCUUCCAUUUGGGGCUUUUCUGUGAACUGAUUAUUUAUUUUUUAAAGUUUAUGAAUAAUGUGGAUACUAAUUAGUUAAGUUUAAUUUUAUAAUAGUAUCCGUUUGCAUUCUGUCUUGAUUUGGAUUUCUUUUCAUUUUUUAUAUUUGCUCCAUUUUAUGAAAAUUAGGUCAUUGAGUCAGAAUAGCCUGGGUUUAUUUUUGGGUAAUUCAUCAUCCAAUCGCUUGAGAGCGUGAUACCGAUUAAUUUUGUAAUUAAUGAUUUGAAUUGAUUUUUAUCAACUGCAUCUAGAGUGAGCUGCGUGUGCAUUGAAUUUCAUUGCAACCCCAGUAUUUUACAGAGGGUUUUCUUAUUUAUUUUUUCUCUUGUUAAAUGGGAGGAAACGGGAUGUUGCUUAUUGGAUGACUGAAUGGGAAUACUCAUUAGUGAACUUGCCUCUCUAAAUCCUGUCAUUAAUAGAAUGUUUUCGGCCCUAAGUACCUCAUUCCACUUCUGUCUGGAUUUCAUGUUUAUGGAGUUGUCAAGCAGUGUAAAUGUCAGUAUUUUUCCUAGUUGUAGUCUUUGUAUGGUAUUCCCACCUACAUACUUGCCUUUAUAUGUUUAUUUUCUUCCCUUCGUUUGUAGUGACCAUUUUCCUUCAAUUUAUCCAAGUCUUCUCUAUCCUUUCUUUCUUUUUAUCUCCAUGAUUUCGGUUCAAUGACACACCUUUGUUUCUGCACAGGAGAUUGGGGGGGAGAGGCCCUAGGGGAUAAAGAAAUCAGACAGGAAGGAUUGAGAAAGGAAAGAUAAAAUAUGUUCACAUCUAGUGAAUAUGGGGGCUUAUACAGUGUUGGCGGUGACCACAUGUCAAGUGUGUACAAAUAGGGUUCUUGAGUGUGGCAAAGUCGAUCGGUGAGAGGGAGAGCUGAUGUAGGAUGCCUGUACUGGUUGUCUAACCUCUUCGACACGGGUGACCAUGAAAGAGAGGAUUGGGAAUUGUGAGAGAGAUGGGAGAAACUCUUGGUGGUGCGACUGGGGGUGCGAGGUUGUCUCUUGGCAUUUGGAUUGCUUAAAAAGGCGUCCCUGUCCUUAAGUUCAAAAAAUUCUAGACUCUUAUGCAUCCACAUAGGAGUGCUACUCUGACGUCUAACCUGUUAAUUGUGGUUUGGUAGAUUUUCUAUUUUUUUUUCGUUAGCUAUCUGAUCCAUGGAGGUUGGUUUUGUAGGUAUUGUGUAAAAUAUUUUGAAGUCCUGUAUCAGGGUAAACUAAGAGAGAGGCUGAUAGAAAAACUGCUGGAAUUUUAAUCAUCGUUCAAACUUUACACUCUAUUGUUCAUGGAAGGAUAAUUAUGUCUUCUCAUGCUAAUUAUGUUAGAAAGCUACGAAUAUGUCGUGACUUUAAAGUGUAUUGAUCAAGGGAAACUAAAAGCUGUCUGGAGCUGUGUUCGCUCUAAACUGAAGAAGCCAGAUGGGCAAGACAUUUUUCCCAGAGAUAUUGAGCCAUUUCUUGAUAGAUUUGUUUAUAUUUUAUGAAUAUUUUUUGAGGACAUGUAGCUUGGAUUUUUAGGAGAUUAGUGGAGGAAAUGUUUGAUAGAGGCAUGGGAUUCCUGGGCAAGUUGGUGGGAUAGAGACAGAAAUAUCCCAUUUCAUGUGGAAACCCUUCAAAGGUUGAUUAGUGGGAAAAAAUUGGGAGAAGUCCAGCUCUCUUCAUUCUGCAAGCUGAUAAAAGACUCACUCCUUUUUUUCUGCAUUUUUAAAAAAAAAUCAGCCUCUGCGGAAUUGGUGGAAUUUCUUUGUCUUAACAAGCCAAAUGCUCUUGUAGAAUUUGGGAAAUCUCUUGGCUCGUUGACGCAAUUGCGGUUUAUAAUUCAACUCCUUGAACUUGUUUAUUGCAGUGAUGUGCUCGGUCUGCCUAAUUUGUCUGGAAAAUGCCUGGAGAUAAGUGAUAAUUUAUUUCGAGCAUUAGAAAAAAAAGAGCAUAAAUCUAGGCAUUGUAGCGAGGAUGGGUAGCUGAAAGUUUUAAUUUUCACGUUUGGAUGUUUUUUUUUUCUUUUAAAUCGUUUUUUCCAUAGUGGAAACAUGCAUCCUACCUUUUUAUGUCGAGAAUUCGUUUUCAUUUAAUUUUUGGAAUUGAGUUUUACUUGAAUGUGUCUGCCGUUUUUCAAGUAUUGACCUGAGAAGACCUUGUUCAAGUAUUGACCUGCUUAAGUAAUUUCGCCAUGACAAGAAUUCUUUUUCUUGUAAUUUUUAUUUAUGCUCAAUCAUCUGAAUAUACCUAGUAAAGAUGAUGAACAUAUCAUGGUUAUAAGAAAGAAAAGACCUUGAUCUAGGAAUAAAAUUUUCGAGAGUAACAAAGUAAUUUAAUUUUUUGGGUCAAAUUAUUAUAAAAACACAGUUCUGAUAGUAUGAAACCAGAUUAUUAUCAGUUCCUGUAUUUACGGAGAUUAUUCAUUGUUCCAGUGGAGCUUUCAUUGGCGACAUUGUUCCUUACCUAUUUUAGACCCCAUCUUCUGAUUAUCAGCUUAAUCAUGCGGGUAAUUUUGCCUCUGUUCUAAUCCGAUUCUUUUGUAGCCCUGAGAUGCGCAUGGUGCUGAGUUUGCUCUUCAUGUUUGCUUCUUCGGCUCUAUCCAUUUGCCAAACAUACCAUGAAAAAAAAACUUGCGAUCCUGAGAAAAAAACUCUCGAAUUUGCCACUGUUUGAUCGAGAGCAGGUGGUUGCUUUUCAUAGCGCGCUGAUCAUCCUUCCUUAUUCGAUGGCACUUUUAGGUCAUACGGGAGAGACGAUGGAAGGAGAUAACAGCCGUCUUCAGCUUUCCUUCCACGGCGACCAACGCUUCUUUUGUCCUGCGCAAGUACUACAUGUCGCUGAUGCAUCACUACGAACAGAUCUAUUUCUUUGGGGCGAAGGGAUGGAAUCCGGUCCCUGCUGGUAUAUUUUUCUCUUACUCUUGGAUUAGAAAGAACAGUGAUCAGGGUUUUCUUACAAUCUUGGGUUCAAAUUCUAAAAUCAUGUAUUAGAAACAUAAUAUGUCAUGAAACUGGCCAUGGAAUGAGCCGGUGAUGAGCCAUCCUGCGGUGGAUCCUUGUUUCUGUUUUUCAGCCGACAAGUCUUCUGAGCACGGCGUUACUCCAGAGACCCAUGGCCCUUCCCAGAAGCGGAAAAGAGGCACCGGCGAUCAGCUACCCGGAGGUAUUUUUAUUGAUUUAUUCAUUCUUUUUUAUGGCUUCUGUGAGUUUUCUGGGUAAAAAAAAGAAAGGAAGAUCCACGGGUGUUUCCAAGGCUCGGUGGGGAGCCAUUCGGGCCGCCCUGAGUGGAUAAUAUGAUCAUUGGGAUCGAAUUGUAUGGUUAAAAGAUUUCCUCUCCGGCUUUAUUUGGAAAGCCUUCUGAAUAUUUCUUCUACCGAGCAUCUGAGAGAGAGAUCUCUGAAUUGGUUUCUUAGAAAAAAAAAUUCUAUGGUCAUUUAAUCCGAAAACUGAUUGAUGUGGUGAUUGCAGCGGCGAUGCAGAUGCCAGCAAAUUACCCGGUGGUGGGAGUGAUCGACGGGAAAUUUGAGCAUGGAUAUUUGGUCACUGUGAUGGUCGGCACGGAGAAAUUGAAAGGCGUUCUCUAUCACACGGCCGGAUACCCGGCGGUGGCGGCGGCACAUUUGCAUCAGAACCUUGCAUUGGGGAACAACGCCGCCAUGGCCAGUGGCGGCCGCCGGCGGCGCCGCCGGAAAAAGCUUAGCACCCUCGAUCCGACUCAUCCGAAGCCGAACAGGAGCGGCUACAACUUCUUCUUCGCCGAGCAGCACGCGCGGCUGAAGCCGCUGUACCCGGGCAAGGACCGGGAGAUCAGCAAGAUCAUCGGGGACCUCUGGAGCAAGCUCACGGAGCCGGAGAAAUCCGUAAGCAAAGGCCCAAAAGUUCCCUUCCUUUUUUUUAGGUCAUCUGAAACUUGCCCAUUUUUAGUAUCUGAACCUCUGGAGGUUGGGUGGGGGUUUUCAUGGCGAAAUCCAGGUGUACCAGGAGAGAGGCGUGAAGGACAAGGAGAGGUACAAGAGCGAGAUGGUGAUCUACAGGGAGAGGCAGAAGACUGGUGGGCAGGUGAUCUGCAACGCCGUGCCCAUCAGGCAGCAACCGGGGGCGCUGCUGGAGGCAAAGAAGCUCGCCUUAGCGCCGCAGCCGGAGGCAAAGGAGGAAACUCCGGCGACUACGCCGGAGAACGACGGCGGCAGCUCGACGGGGACGGAUGCGGAGAGGAAGCUGGGCCAGGAAUCGGAGUCCGAGGAAAACUCCACGGAGGUGGACGCCCGCACGGAAUCGGCGAAUCGGGAGUCAUUCACCGACUCGGACGGGUUCGAGCUCCGGCGGAGGGACAACCCAGCGGCGGAGAACGCCGAAGAGGUCUCCGGACCGGCCGGGGAGGGCAGCGCCGCCACCGGCGCCGUCGGCAUCUGA